UGCCUGCCACCCGCAGUGCCUGGGCAGCUGCACGGCCCCGGACAGCGACAUGGCGUGCGCCGCCUGUGCCCACUACUACCACGAGGGUCGAUGUGUGGCCGACUGCCCGGUGGGCACCUACCGCUUCGAGGGCUGGCGCUGCAUCUCGAUGGACGUCUGUGCCAAGGUGCACCUGCCCGAUUCCGAGUCCUUCGUCAUCCACGCCGGCGAGUGCAUGCCCGACUGCCCGCCAGGAUUCACUCGCAACGGCAGCCAGAGUAUGUUUUGUCAAGCAUGUGACGGCGUGUGCGAUAAGAUCUGCGAGUCCAAGAACAUCGACUCUGUGAACGCAGCUCAGAACCUCAAGGGCUGCACAGUCAUCAAAGGCAACUUGAACAUCAACAUCCGCAGAGGAGACAACAUCACUGCGGAGCUGGAGAACUUCAUGGGUCUGAUUGAGACGGUGACGGGUUAUGUGAGGAUCCGCCAUUCCCACACACUCCAGUCACUCUCCUUCCUCAGGAGCCUGCGCUACAUCAACGGAGAACACCUCUGGGAAGACAUGUAUGCCUUCUCCGCUCUGGACAACCAGGACCUGGAGAGGCUGUGGAACUGGAGCUCCCACAACCUGACGAUCCGCGCGGGGAAGCUGCUCUUCCAGUUCAACCCCAAGCUGUGCAUGAGCGAGAUCAGCACCAUGUGGGAGAAGACGGGCAUCUCCGGCAAGUUCGAGAAGGACAGCUUCAGAAACAACGGAGACCGAGCCAGCUGUGAGAGUGGGAAGCUGACGUUCACGUCCAACAGCACCACCAGCAGCGAGAUCACGCUGACAUGGCAGAGGUACCGCCCUCCGGACCAGCAGCACAAGGCUGAUUUCGUGGUGUACUACAAAGAGGCACCUUUCCAGAACAUCACAGGGUUUGACGGCCAGGUCAGCUGCGGCCUGAACAGCUGGAACAUGCUGGACUUGGAAGCUCCGCAGGACCAUAACCACGACCCAGAAGUGCAGCUGAGCCACCUGAAGCCCUGGACGCAGUACGCCAUCUUUGUCAAGGCCUUCUCACUCUCGCAAGACCGCAGCGACGCCAAGAGUGACAUUGUCUACAUUCGCACCAAAGCGUCAGAGCCGUCGAUGCCUAUGGACUUGCGGGCCUUCUCUAAUUCCUCCACUAGGCUGGUGCUCAGGUGGUCCCCUCCAGUACACCCCAAUGGCAAUCACACCUUCUACCUGGUGCGCUGGCAGCAGCAGCCCGAAGAGCGAGCACUCUACCAGCACAACUACUGCGCUAAAGGCAUAAAGACCCCGGUCCGCUACCCUGCGCAAGUGGAAGGGGUGGGCACCAACCCCACGAAGCCGGACCCCUGUGCUGAGAAGGGCCAGUGCUGCCCCUGCCCCAAAAAUCCUGAGGAACUUCAGAACGAGAUAGACAAUGCAGCCUACCGCAAGGUGUUCGAGAACUUCCUGCAUAACUCCAUCUUCACCCCCAGACCCCCAGACCGUCGGCGGAGGGACCUGUUUGGCGUUGCCAGCACCUCCCUGUCGUUGCCAGCGAGCGGCAGCGUAGCGGAGGAACAGCGGGACCCGGCCAGGCUGUGGAAGCCCCAGUUUGAGUUCCACGAGCGGAAGGUGUGGGAGCACAACAUUGAGAUCACGGGCCUGCAGCCCUUCACCGUCUACCGCAUCGACCUGCACGCCUGCAACCAGGGCGUCCACUUCUGCAGCGCCUCCACCUUUGUCCUCUCAAGGACCAAUAAAGCAGAGAAAGCUGAUGACAUCCCAGGCAAAGUGACGUGGGAGUGGCUUAAAGACUCAGUCUUCCUGAGAUGGCCAGAGCCCAUUAAGCCAAACGGCCUCAUCCUGUUUUACGACAUCUAUUACCGCCUUGGCAACGAGCAGGAGAAGCAUGAGUGUGUGUCUCGUCUCCUGUACCGUAAACAAGGUGGAGGGCGUCUGCCCAACCUGGGCCCUGGUAACUACUCUGCCCGCGUCAGGGCAAUAUCGCUUGCCGGCAACGGUUCCUGGACAGAGCCUGUGGCCUUCUACGUGCCACACCUGGACCCGUAUGAUAACCUGCUUUACGUAAUAGUCAUUCUGCCCCUACUGUUUGUUUUCGCCGUUAUCCUGGGUGGGGUUUUCUACAUGGUCAACAAGAAAAGGAGCAGUGACCGUCUGGGCAAUGGGGUUCUGUACGCCUCGGUAAACCCAGAAUACUUCAGUGCUGCUGAAAUGUACGUUCCUGAUGAGUGGGAGGUGGCCCGUGAGAAGAUCACGCUAUGUCGGGAGCUUGGCCAGGGCAGCUUCGGCAUGGUGUAUGAGGGCAUCGCCAAGGGCGUCGUCAAGGACGAGCCGGAGACGCGCGUGGCCAUCAAAACGGUCAACGAGUCAGCCAGCAUGCACGAGCGCAUAGAGUUCCUCAACGAGGCCUCCGUCAUGAAGGAGUUCAACUGCCACCACGUGGUGCGUCUGCUGGGAGUGGUCUCACAGGGACAGCCCACUCUGGUGAUUAUGGAACUUAUGACUCGUGGAGACCUGAAGAGUCACCUGAGAUCACUUCGUGCCAAAGAGAGCUGUACGAGUCUGCCGCUGCCCCCCCUGAAGAAGAUGAUCCAGAUGACGGGGGAGAUUGCUGACGGCAUGGCCUACCUUAACGCCAACAAGUUCGUGCACAGAGACCUGGCCGCCAGGAACUGCAUGGUGGCCGAGGACUUCACCGUCAAGAUCGGAGACUUUGGCAUGACGCGGGACAUCUAUGAGACGGACUACUACCGUAAGGGGGGGAAGGGGCUGCUGCCCGUGCGCUGGAUGUCCCCGGAGUCCCUGAAGGACGGAGUCUUCACCACCAUGUCCGACGUCUGGUCGUUUGGGGUGGUGCUGUGGGAGAUUGCCACCCUGGCAGAGCAGCCCUACCAGGGCAUGUCCAACGAGCAGGUGCUGCGCUUCGUCAUGGAGGGAGGUCUGCUGGACAAGCCCGACAACUGCCCCGACAUGCUGUUUGAGCUGAUGCGGAUGUGCUGGCAGUACAACCCAAAGAUGCGUCCGUCCUUCCUGGAGAUUAUCAGCAGCAUUAAGGAAGAGCUGGAGGCGCCAUUCCGGGAGGUCAGCUUCUUCUACAGCGAGGAGAACAAGGCGCCCGACACCGAGGAGCUGGACAUGGAGGCCAUGCACAAUAUGCUGCUGGACGCCCAGAGCAACCUGCAGCCGCUGACCGCAGCCAACACCAGCGCACCCCCCUCUUCCAGCGCCAACAUGGCCGCUGCCAACGCUGCCGCUGCUGCCGCCGCAGUCGCCGCUGGUACCAUCGCUGCCACGAACGCCGCCGUCGCCGCGGCAACCGCCUCCAGCAGCAUCAGCAGCGCCAGCAACAACAACAACGCUGCCGCCGCCGCCGCGCCGGGCUCCCCGACCAGCAUCACGGGCACUGCAGCUGGAGCGGUUGCCGUGGCAGCAGCAGCGGCCGCCGCGGGGUCGCCCCUCGCCCCUUCCUCGCCCUCCUCGUCCCCUGGCUCGGACAGACCCUCAGGCCACGCCCACGGAGCGGCGGCAGCAGCCAACGGGCCAAUGGUGUUGCUGGGGGCGGGGCUGGACGAGAGCCAGCCGUAUGCGCACAUGAACGGCCGUAAGAGUCAGAGGGCAUUGCCGCUGCCGCAGUCAUCCGCUUGCUGACCCUACGAUCACACACACGCGCGCUCUCACACACACGGAUACGAUACACACAAGCAUACACACACACACGUGUGUACACACACAUGAGCGUGCCUGCCUCAGCUCUC